AUGAAGAAUGCGAUUGCUACUGUAUUCCCUGAAACUCGCCAUAGAUAUUGUUUAUGGCAUAUAAUGCGCAAACUUCCAGAGAAGUUAGGAUCGCACGCCAACUUCAACUAUGGGUUGAAAACUGACAUUCAGUCUGCAUUAUAUGAUUCACAGACCACCAUAGAAUUUGAGGAGAGCUGGGGUCAACUACUUGCAAAGUACGAUCUGCUCGACAACAAUUGGCUUCAGUCCUUAUAUGAGGAAAGGUCCUUUUGGGUUCCAAUUUUCCUCAAGAGUGUAUUUUGGGCUGGUAUGAGCACAACGCAAAGGUCGGAAAGUAUGAAUGCAUUUUUUGACGGGUAUGUCCAUGCUGGGACGACAUUGAAGGAAUUUGUUGACCAAUUCGAUAAUGCUCUUAGAAAGAAAGUGGAGGUCGAGACAACUGCUGAUUUCAAUUGUAGCAACCAAACUAUCCCCUGUGUCUCCCCUUUCAACAUUGAGAAGCAAUUUCAAAAAGUCUAUACAAAUGCAAAGUUUAAGGAGGUCCAAAGAGAGUUGAUGAGCCUAAUGUGUUGUAAUUGUUGGUUGGUAAGCACACAAGGUUGCAUUUUAACAUUUGAUGUGUUGGAUGAAAUAUCGUUUGAUGAGCAAACCAAAAGAGUUCAUUACUCAGUUUACUAUAAUGAAGAUGAGUGUGAAGUAAAAUGCACUUGUGGAUUGUUUGAGAUAAGGGGGAUUUUAUGUAGGCAUGCACUUAGAGUUUGUCAGUUGAAAAAUAUUAAUGAGCUGCCAGAUGUAUACUUCUUAGAUCGAUGGAGAAAGGACUUAAAAAGGCAUUACACAUUAAUUAGAAGUAGUUAUGAUGACGUGCGGGGUAGAUCAGACACGCGUAAUUACGAGCUUAUGAUCCAAAGAUGUUCGAAAUUAGCAGCAAAAAUAUCCUCAAACAAUGACAAAGUCCAUGCAUUUCUGCACUAUGUUGACGAGUUUGAUAAAACAUGUGAAGGUUCAACGUGUGAGUCGACAGUACGCGUGUCUCAGGCCAACCCAACGGUGGAGAAAGAUAAGGGUAAACAGAUUUUAAGCCCUAACGUCGUUCGAGGGAAAGGGAGACCUCCAAAUAAGAGAAAGGUGCCUCCCGUGGAGAAGAUUGCAACAAAGAGAAAAAAACUGUUGAAAAUGAGCACAUAUGGCACUUUAUAUGUGAAAAUGAUAAUUGCUGAUGCCUGCAUUCUUGAAGGGUGCCAGUGGAUGGAGGCUACUGGCACACCUCAUUUUCUAGAAUGCACAAGAAUGUUGGCUACUGUGUCUAGGCUGAAAGCACAAUUUCUAGCAAUUGUGAGUCACAGUGUUGAAAUAGAUGCUGCUGGUAUUGGUGUAGAUCAGAAUGAUCUUUAG